GUGAAGGAGGCCCGCAGACUGGCACCAUGACAGAGUGCUUUGACUGCGACAACUGCAAGGAGUCCUUGUACGGACGCAAGUACAUCCAGAUGGACAACGGCCCGUACUGCAUCCCCUGCUACGACGCCCACUUUGCCAACACCUGUGAUGAGUGCAAAGAGCUGAUUGGUCAUGACUGCAGAGAGCUGUACUAUGAGGAUCGCCAUUACCACGAGCACUGCUUCCGUUGCUUCCGCUGUGACCGUUCUCUGGCCGAUGAGCCGUUCACUUGCCAAGGCGAGGAGCUGCUGUGCAACGACUGCUACUGCAGUGAGUUCUCCUCCAAGUGCAUCGCCUGCGAGAAGACAGUCAUGCCAGGGUCCCGUAAGCUGGAGUACAACGGGCAAACCUGGCAUGAGCAUUGCUUCAUAUGCAGCAGCUGCCAGCAGCCCAUUGGGUCACGAUCCUUCAUCCCAGACAACAAGGAUUACUACUGUGUCCCCUGUUACGAGAGCAAGUUCGCUCCUCGCUGCACUCGUUGCAAAAAGACCCUGACCAAGGGAGGAGUGACUUACCGGGAUGAGCCGUGGCACAAGGAGUGUUUCGUCUGCACGGGCUGCAAGACCCCCCUGGCUGGCCAGCAGUUCACCUCCCAGGACGACAACCCGUACUGCAUCAAGUGCUUCGGGAACCUCUAUGCCAAGAAGUGCAGCGCCUGCACAAAGCCCAUCACAGGCUUUGGCGGUGGUAAAUACGUCUCCUUUGAGGACCGUCACUGGCACCAUAAUUGCUUUAACUGUGCCCGCUGCAACACCUCGCUGGUCGGGAAAGGCUUCAUCCCUGACAACGAUGAGAUCCUGUGCCGUGACUGCAGCAGCGACCUAUGAGCCUCCGAGGACACCGUGGGGCAGGGGCUUUCUCUAUUCUUCAGGGUCUUUGUGCCAGAUACCCCAACAGCAUUUCAGGGGCAGGGCGCAAGGCACAGGAGAUGGGGGCUGACCCCGAACCAUGGUGUGUUCAGGAGGUUCCUGUGCCCCUCCCUGAAGGCUAGAGUACGCUAUGCUAUGGCUCUGUGCAGAGUCAAAGCUAAAUAAAGUUGAAAAAGGAGCUUCCAGACCCCCAUUAUUUACUCUUUCCUUUUGCUUACUGUCUGACCAGGCACGCGCUGAGCCCAGGGCCGCAGCUGAGCAAAGGGCGGCAGCAGCUUCGGCGCUGGGCUGCUGGAUCUGCAUGCUGGCAGCAUGUCUUUGCUCCCUUUGGCACAGUGCUGACUUUUCUCUUUUCCCCCCGUCUGCUUUCCUUGCUCUGAUACAGGGCAGCCGCUCC